CCGGCUUCGCUGGGGACAGCAAGAGACGGACCCGCGUUUUAUGCUGUGAAGGUAGUGGAGGAGCGACGUCGUGGCAGCGAGGGACCGGAAGCCGUGCGGGUGUCCCAGGCUGGGCCCUUUCCUCGGGCUGCCCGGCUGGAGAAGGAUAUCCUGAAUUCAGCUUGCCUAAUAAGCCAAAAUAAGAGCUUUAUUUUAACAAAUGGCUACAGGAGACUUAAAGGGAAGUUUGCGCAAGAUGGAACAAGGACUUCGCUUGUUAAACUAUCCUAGAGAUGUGGAUUAUGCAGGCUUGGUAAAGGGUGCUCCAGCUGCCUUUUUACCCAUAAUCAGCUAUUCUUUCACAUCCUUCUCAACCUACAUAGCAGAACUUUUGGUGGAGUCUGAUGUGGAGCUCACAGCAAAAAGUGACUUGCGUUUCAUUGAAACUAUUUAUAAGUUUCUUCGAGAUCAUUUUCAAUACAAACCUAUUUUAACAAAGCAACAAUUUCUCCAGUGUGGCUUUGCAGAAAGGAAAAUACAGGUUGUUUGUGACAUUAUCAGCAUUGUGAUGAAAAAGCAUAGAGAGUUAAGUAACUUGAAUAAGGCGAAAUCACAAAGAAGGAAGAGAACCAGGUCUUUUAAAUCUGAACCACUAGCCAGUUGUGAGAAUCUUUUGGCUGAUCCUAUUGUCAGGACUGUGGAUUCCAGUGAGAAGAAACCUCAAGUGGAGCGUCACCCAGCAAGUGAAAUUAAUGUGCAUGCCCAUGAUUCAACUAUUUUAGUAGAUGAAGAUAAUGAAGAAAAAUCUGACCUAACUGAUGAUAGUUUGGAAGUGUGUGAACAAGUCACAGAGGAUAACAGUCAAAUUGAACUGCUAAAGAACCAGCUUGCUGAUUGCCAGGAGAAGCUACAUAAACUAAAUUGGAUGGAAGAUAAGCUACACAUUUUAGAAGAGAGACUGAAAGGGAAGGUGAUUAUAGAUGAGAAGGACUGGAAUAAUCUCCUGAGCCGAGUCUUGCUUCUUGAAACAGAACUGUUGUUGCAGUCAAAAAAGAGUGACUUAUCUACAGAAUUCAACAAUAUAGGUGAAGAAUGUACCUCUAGUAGGAAUAUGAUUCCAGUGUCUCCUGAUAUAGAAAGGAAGAAGGAGAUGCCAGAGAGUCUUCAUCAGUCGUCUGGAUACAGUUCACAAUUAUCCACAGACCCAUCUCCCAAAGCCACGACCAUUAAUUAUCAUAGUCUGACAGAGAUUUCAAAGGAGACAACAAGACAAAGAAUGGAACGGAUAAGUAAAAUGAUUGAAGAAACUUCAGAGUUGUUGAAAAAUUCAAGCAACGGCUCUUAGUUCAUGUCCUGGAUAGACUUCUGGAUCUCAAGGCUAUGAUCCUUAAGGGUCUGACGACAUCAAGCCAUGACCAGAAUCAGAAAUAAUAUUGGGUUGUGAGUCUUGCGUAAGGGUCAGUGACUGCUGGCUUCAGAGGAGGAGGAGCUGGAGAUUGUUUUUACAUGAGUUGAACAUGCAUUACAAAUAAUUGCAUGGCUGAAAAUUUAAUAAUUGCAUUAUUAUUAAUCAAAUGAGAACAAAUAUUUAUCUGGAAAACCACAUGAAAUAGGGUUAAAUAGAUCUUGCAGUGUGAAAUAUUCUUGUUUUUAAGAGUUUGAGUUAUCUACUACAUGUGACUGACAUUCCUCUGAAAUUUUUUUAUGAAUUUAUUCUCAUUUCGUCCUUUGUUUAAAGAUUAUUUAUUCUCUACUGCUAUAGGGGAAAUCCAUGCGAAAU